UGCUGUAUAAGGUCAAGUAUUACCAAUGCGAAUCUUAUUAAACUCUUAAAAUGCAAUCCAUUGCAGGGAUGCUUCCUUCGACAGUUUUUCAGGUCUGUUGGAAGGGCUGAUUACCUGACAUUGCGCAAUGGAUUUAUUACUGUGCAUUUAGCUCCAGGCAGCAAAUUCGACUUCCAAAAGUACAUCAAAAGAUCGUUAGAGGAUGACUUUAAGGUGGUUGUUGGAGUAAGUCCGGUUUUAUGGGCAUCCUUCGUGAUUUUCUUGCUGCUAAACGUCAGCGGAUGGCAAGCAUUGUUUUGGGCCUCCAUAAUCCCUGUAGUUAUAAUCUUAGCUGUUGGGACAGAGCUUCAAGCAAUUUUGACGAAGAUGGCUAUUGAAAUCACAGAAAGGCAUGCAGUUGUGCAAGGGAUACCUCUUGUGCAAGGGUCCGACAAAUAUUUUUGGUUUGGUCGCCCUCAAUUAGUUCUUCAUCUCAUCCACUUCGCAUUGUUUCAGGUACUUAAAGGCCUUUAUCAUUAUAGGUGCUUUAACAUUAGAAUAGAAUGACUAGAAUGAAUCAGCUUAAAUUUGGUCAUCUUAAAUUUCAUUUUCUUUGUUUUCUUUUAAAAUUCAUUUUUUUUCUUUCUCCUGUCUGUAACCUUCAAUCGGAGAAAUGAUGAACUACUAUUUUGUGGUGGUCAUUUUAUCAUAUCGGAAGAACACUCGGAUGUUUUCUUCUCUAAAUUAGUGAUGCUC